CUUUGUACAGGUCACACACCAGGAGUCAUGUCAGUCAGUGUCCAUGAGAACCGUAAAUCCAGGACCAGCACCGGCUCAAUGAAUAUCUUGCUGUUCCACAAAGCCUCUCAUUCAGACUGUGUCUUGUCUCACCUCAAUACUAUGAGAAAACACUGCAUGUUCACUGAUGUUACCCUCUCUGCGGGGGAUAAAUCCUUUGUGUGUCACCGAGCAGUGUUAGCUGCUUCCAGUAGAUAUUUUGAAGCCAUGUUCAGCAACGGCCUUCGCGAGAGCUAUGGGGACAAAGUGAACUUCCACGAUAGCCUCCAUCCAGAGGUGUUGGAGCUGCUGCUGGACUAUGCUUACUCAUCCAAGAUCAUCAUCAACGAGGAGAAUGCAGAGUCCCUCCUGGAAGCUGGAGACAUGUUGCAGUUUCAUGAUGUCCGAGAUGCAGCUGCUGAGUUCCUCGAGAAGAACCUUUGUCCUUCCAACUGCUUGGGGAUGAUGGUCCUGUCAGAUGCUCACCAGUGCAAGAGGCUUUAUGAGUUCUCUUGGAGGAUGUGCCUGGUCAACUUUGAGACAAUCCACAGGAGCGAUGAAUUUAACAAUCUCUCCAAGGAUACCCUGUUGGACUUGAUCUCCAGCGAUGAGCUGGACAUUGAGGAUGAAGAGAAGGUCUUCAAGGCCGUUAUCCAUUGGGUGAGAUAUGACCUGGACAAUAGGAAGCCUCUUCUCCCAGAGCUUCUAAAGAACGUCCGGUUGGCAUUGCUGCCUUCGGAAUGCCUCAAAGAAGCCAUGAGUUACGAGGAGCUGAUCACCGCAGAGGAGGAGAACAAGGCAAUCAUGGGUGAGGCUCUUCGUUGCAAGAAGAAAAUCCUGCAGAACGAUGGGGUGGUCACCAGUCCUUGCGCCAAGCCCCGCAAAGCCGGGCACACUUUGCUCAUCUUAGGAGGGCAGACAUUCAUGUGCGACAAAGUAUACCAAGUCGACCACAAAGCAAAAGAGAUCAUCCCUAAAUCAGACCUGCCAAGCCCACGGAAAGAGUUCAGCGCGUGCACCAUUGGCUGUAAAGUUUACAUCACUGGAGGGAGAGGCUCAGAAAACGGAGUGUCCAAGGACGUCUGGGUCUAUGACACAGUUAAUGAAGAGUGGUCCAAAGCUGCCCCAAUGCUGAUUGCUCGGUUUGGACACGGUUCCGCCGAGCUCGAGAACUGCCUCUAUGUAGUGGGUGGUCACACUGCAGUGGCGGGGGUCUUUCCUGCUUCUCCUUCGGUUUCGCUGAAGCAGGGGGAGAAGUAUGAUCCAGUUGCCAACAAGUGGACCAUGGUCGCUCCCCUCAGGGAUGGCGUCAGCAACGCCGCCGUUGUGAGCGCGCGGCUCAAGCUCUACGUUUUUGGUGGAACCAGCAUUCACCGGGAUAUGGUAUCCAAAGUCCAGUGCUAUGAUCCGACCGAGAACCGGUGGACUAUCAAAGCCGAGUGUCCUCAACCCUGGCGUUACACAGCAGCUGCUGUCUUGGGUAGUCAGAUUUUCAUCAUGGGGGGAGACACAGAAUACACCGCAGCUUCCGCUUACCGUUUUAACUGUGAAACGGAUCAGUGGACCCGGAUUGGGGAUAUGACAGCUAAGCGGAUGUCCUGUCACGCGCUGGCUUCAGGAAACAAGCUGUAUGUGGUAGGGGGUUACUUUGGGACCCAGAGAUGUAAAACGUUGGACUGUUAUGACCCCACUUCGGACACCUGGAACUGUAUCACCACAGUGCCUUACUCCCUCAUCCCCACAGCUUUUGUUAGCACAUGGAAACACUUACCGGCCUGACAGUCAAGAGCACUGGUUACAGUGGAGCACAAAAGAUGAAGCAUUUGCUACAUCGAUAUUACAAUGGAAACUACACCAGUAGCUGAUUGCUCACACACAAUCCGGUCUAUUGGUAUGAGAUCUUUGGAUCUCAAUUGGUUCCUAAAGCUUGGAUGGAUGGAAAGGCUGAGCACUCCUGUUGACUUUCUCCAAGGAAAAAAGAACAAAGCAGCAAAAAAAAAAAGUCCUUCUAUAAGGACAGUCUUGUCUGUUCCUUGCAGGUAUCACUUUGGUCCCAGGUAGCAUGGAGAAGUAGCCUUAAAAAGCCUUGAUGAUUUCCAUUCAAGGACUUCACAAAUUCCCUUCUCCAGGGGAGAUGAAGCACAACCAUAUCAGCAAGGGCUUGAAUUGCACCAGAUGUUGUUGAUGAUGAUUUGUACUUUGAUGUUACCAGGAGCUCUAGUAAAUGUUAAUAAAACUAUUUGUCUUGCA